UUGACUACCAGGGUCGCCAAGGGGCCAAGGUAAACAAAGACUAAUAGUCGAUUGGGGGGGGGGGGUUUGCUAAAACAAAAUCCGACCGCUUAUCCCCCAGAUCCUUGUUUGCCCCCCCCUCCCUCCCCCCUCGUCAUCGAAGAGAAGACCUGGAGUAUGUUUGAAUGGUUCAGCACUAUCGCUGCUUGCUGUUGCUGUUUGCUGUUACUGCUGUGUGUUGCGUUCUCGUUGCGUCGUAUGUACAUCCGUCCCGUAAUCAAGAUUCGAUCAUCCGCCCAAGGUUCAAUCCCUAUUGGCCAGUUCAAAACAAUAAACAAUUCCUGUCAGUCAGUUCAAAAGUACACAUGGCCUUCCAAAGAUAUGCGGGGGGACGACAAAAGUGUCGUAGCGCUGAUGCCUCUUCCAGUCCCUCGGUAAUGUUAUGCACAGGACAACAAAUCCACUUGUCACUGGCAGCGUUUUUUUUUUUUGGUAAUGAUCUCAUCGACUCAUCCACCCAUCCACCCAUCCACUGAAUGUCAGGGAUGUCACAGAGGAUUGUCCUUCCGUUGAAUCCAGGAGGUAUUAAUAACGAGAAUGGCCCUGCUACCCACUGGAGGAAUGGUCACACAAGGAUCUGACCACAGGGUUAUAUUUAGUUCAUUCAAGUAAUCAAAG